GGGCGGGAUUCCGCGAUUGGUACGUGUUUUUGUUUUUCCUCUUCGCACCCCGGUUGGUGUGAUGCAGCUGUUGUGUCCGCGUGCUGUUCAAACUUCAACAAACACAGGGCCCCGGCUGCCUUGUGCGUUAAGCAAGGUACAAGCUCAUAGUACAGUUGUGAGAAGGGUUUGUUUGCAGCGUCAUGCCCGACCAGUGAGCGUGUGACAAGGCGAUAGAUAACUUCGGCAAAGCACAGCUUGCCAUCGAUGGGUGGAGUGCAUCGAAGGGACGAUUUUGGGCUGCGCUUUGGUUGAAACAUACGCGUGCCGUACCUAAUCAGUUCCGUACAAACCACAGCAGUAGUCGAACGUGAUAUCAGAGGAAGAAUUGAACCGUGAACCAUUCAACCGUUAGUUGGUGUUACAUUAAUUAAACGUAGUAAUAUAUUCAUUAAAUCUCAUUCCGUACGACAUUUUUGGCACGAUAAGGACCUGCACGAUGGCUAACUUAAGACCGCUCGUUCCGGAACUGGCAGAAAAAGCACGCAACGAGCUGAAUGAAGUGCCCAACCGUAUUCCGGAGGAUUUGGCAACGUUGAAGGCAUGGUUGCUUAAGCAACCCCAUCUAAACACACGCACAGAUGAUCAGUUUUUGGUGAAUUUUUUGCGCGGCUGUAAGUACAGUUUGGAAAAGACGAAGGAAAAGCUGGACAACUACUACACGGUGAAGACAGCCAUUCCGGAGUUUUUCGAUAAUCGCGAUCCCGACAACGAAGCGCUACAGAACUACAUGUCCUUCGGUGUCAAUCUGCCGCUUCCCCACACACUCGAGAGCGACGGACCUCGAUUCAUGCUGGUGCGCAUGGGUGCGUACGAUGCCAGCAAAUAUUCGAUCGUGGACGUCAUGAAGGUGUGCUAUAUGAUCACCGAUCUGUUGCUGGUGGAUGAUGACUCGUCCAUCAUCGCCGGUCAUAUGGUGCUGGUCGAUUUAAGGGGACUAACCUUCGCUGGACUAUCACAAUUCAAUCCCACGUUCAUUAAGAAAAUGACUUCCGUCAUCGAAGCCUUCCCGAUACGCACCAAAGGCAUACACUUCAUCAACCCGUCGUCCGGGUUUGACGCUCUCUUCAAACUGUUUCAUGGGUUUUUAAGCAAAAAGAUUCAAGAGCGCAUCCAGGUGCACGAAUCGUUCGAAGCCCUUCACAAGGUGGUACCGAAGAAAUAUUUACCCGAGGAGUACGGCGGUAGCGGUGGGCGGUUAAACGAUAUCAUUGACGAUUGGCGUAAAACGUUGAUUGCGAACCGUACGUUUUUCGCCAACGAUGCCAAGUACCGGAACGAUGAGCGAAAACGGCCCGGCAAACCGAAAAAUGCUAGCACACUGUUCGGUGUGGACGGAUCGUUCCGUACGCUUGAAUCGUGCCAUCUGCUCAAGAUGUCACACAUACGUCCGAUUACCCCACAACUGGCCGAGGUUGCGAAGCGACAGCUGAACGAAAAUGCGACCCAGGUGGAAAGCCAUUUGAAGGUGAUCAGAUCGUGGCUUGUUGAGCUGAACUUGCAAACAAGCCUUGUUGACGAUCAGUUUCUGAUUGCUUUCUUGCGAGGCUGCAAAUUUAGCUUGGAAAAGGUGAAAAAGAAAAUUUUGCUCUUUUACCAUAUUCGUUCCGAGCUUCCGCAGGUUAUCCAAAACCGUGACCCGUACGAUGCCGAUGUGCUUAAAAUCAUACGCAUGGGGGUGGGAAUACCACUCCCAGCAACGGAGCAACCGACGGAUCCAAAAAUAUUUAUAAUACGCGUGGGCCGCUUCCAGGUGAGCAGCUGUACGUUCGCCGAUAUUAUGAAGGUCGGCACAAUGAUCAACGAUAUAGUGAUGCGCGAUGACGACCAAAUGGUAAUCUGCGGGAUGGCGCUCAUCAUUGAUCUCAAGGGUGUUACUGCCAGCCAUUUAAUGCACUUCGAGAUGGAGCUGCUGAGAAAGGUGGCUAUACUGAAUCAGGACGCUUCGCCACUGCGCAUGCAAGGCAUUCACAUACUGCAUCCGCCACCCGGGGCGCAAACCGCUUUGAACAUUUUUAACGGAUUAUUGUCGGAGAAAAAUCAACACAAGAGAAUUUACACACAUGGGCGCGAUCUGAAAUCGUUGCAUGAACAUUUCUCACCCAGAAUACUUCCCCAGGAGUAUGGUGGAGACAUGGAAUCGAUUGAUACAAUGGCUAAACAAUGGGAAACGAAACUCUUGGAUAACCGCAGCUACCUGAUCGAUAUGGCAUUAAUGAACGCACAGCCUUGUUCGUCACCAGCCUCAGGUGGAAAAAAUGCACCCAGUAAUAAUGCUUUCGGAGUUGACGGCAGCUUUCGGAAGCUAAAUUUAGACUAGAUCGGGAUGAAUGUUGGGUGGCUACAAAUUGAGAAUUUCAUCCAAUAAAGUGUGACUUUCAAGCAAGCACAAAGU